AUGCUCCAAUACAAAUAUUCUCCUCUUCCGGCAGGGCCCAGUAUUAUCCGAGUGCUUCGCCUACUGCCAAAUGAAGACAGCACCAUUCCAAUCAAGUGUCAGCUCAUCAGCUACUCCCUACCAACAACAGGCAAGGGACAUCACCUAUAUGAGGCGUUAUCUUAUGUAUGGGGCAGUGAGAGCAAACCUCAGUGUAUCUUUAUAGAUGGCUGUGCUUUACCUGUUACAGACAACCUCUAUACAGCACUGUUACAUCUUCGAGAUUAUCAGCUUCCACGUAUACUGUGGGUAGAUGCAGUUUGUAUCAACCAGCAAGAUGACCAAGAAAAAGCUAGUCAGAUUCAACUUAUGCCCAUAAUAUAUGGUCAAGCCAGCCAUGUGAUUGUCUGGCUUGGGGCAGCAGCAGAUAAUAGUGAUAGAGCACUUGAAAAUAUCCGUCUUUCUGCAGAGUAUAAGCCUUCCGAAGACAAGGCUACAAUCAUGCAGGAAAAGAAAACAGAUUAUACUGCUAUUUUAAUGCUACUGCAAAGACCGUGGUUUCGGAGAAUUUGGGUACUCCAAGAGGUUAGUGCUGCACGAUCUAUUCUAGUUAUGUGUGGCUCUAUCAAGAUGAAUGGGUAUACCUUUUCUUCAGGUUUAAAGGGAUUGAAUCUUUUGUAUAAGAUUGAUCCAGGCCUAGAAAGUCUGAUUCGCUCAAUAACCUAUCUUAUAAGAGGGGCAAUCUUCCGACCUGAAUAUAUGACAUAUCCACGUGGAACACUGUCUUUAGGUGAACUUAUUGAUAUGUAUCACACCCGUGAAGCUACCAAGAAACAUGAUAAGGUGUAUGCAUUGCUUGGCAUGAGCUCUGAUGUCCCUAAAGAAGCUGGUCUACUACCUAACUAUGAGCUUCCAUGGAAUAUACUAUUCCAUCGGGUUAUUGUAUCUAUUCUCCCGGAAAUUCAUUCUGUGGAGACUUGGCCUAACAAGGAGAUAGCUGUGAUUAAGGUUAGGGGAUAUAUAUUGGGUCGAAUCAAUUCAGUGGAAGGUGACAGUUCCCGCUAUGAUAGACAAUGUGUGCAGAUCUCCUUCAAUACUGCGCCGAGGUCACUAAGCUAUGAGAGUGAAUGGGGUACUCAAUGGACUCUUCAAGCUUCAGCAAAGUCCAUUCAGGAAGGUGACAUUGUCUGUCUCUUUCAGGGAGCUUCAGAGCCAAGUAUCAUUGGAAUGUGUGAAGACUAUUUUACCAUUAAAAUGAUCAGUGCGACUCCUCAGCAGAAUAAAGAAGAAGGAAAUGUUGACCAACGGUCCCAGAAAUCUCUGUAUACAAAAGAGAGUAUACUCCGGGAUAUACUCCUUAUUUGGAACUGGGAAAUAUCCCGGGCGAAUUCAGAGAAAGAGGACAAAUCAGAAAUCCCGAUAAAAUUCAAGGACGCAGCGCCAGACUCGGAGAUAGAUUUGGAUAACAAAGAACUAAGCGACUUUGCGCUUAUUAUUGAAGAUAUUAUCAUGAUAGCGAUGAAGUCAGGGAGCAAUGGGAACCAAAUGAUGGAACGUCUACUUGAUAAAAGUGGGUCAAAGCUCCCAGUUAGCGAAACUGUGGUCAAAAUGGUGGCGGGGAAUGCUGAAUGGGGAGGUCAGAUUAUGGAGCUGCUACUUCAACAAAGAGGUGAGAGCCUACCAAUCUCAGAAGAAGUAGUUAAAAUAGCCGCCGGGAAUCCUGUAUGUGGGGCUGAGGUCAUAGAACUGCUACUUCAACACAGAGGCGAGAGUCUACCAAUCUCGGAAGAGAUAGUUAAAAUAGCCGCCGAGAAUCCUACCAUGAAGCUGCUGCUUCAACACAGAGGCGAGAGCCUACCAGUCUCAGAAGAAGUGGUUGAAAUAGCAGCCGGGAAUGCUGAAUGGGGAGGUUGGAUCAUAGAGCUACUACUUCAACUAAGAGGCGAGAGCCUACCAAUCUCUGAAGAAGUGGUCAAAAUAGCAGCCGGGAAUACUGAAUGGGGAGGUUGGAUUAUGAAGCUGCUACUUCAACUAAGAGGCGAGAGCCUACGGAUCCCAGUAGAAGUGGUGAAAAUAGCAGCCGGGAAUCCUAGAUGGGGUGAGCUACUACUUCAACAAAGAGGCGAGAGCCUACCAAUCUCUGAAGAAGUGGUUAAAAUAGCAGCCGGGAAUGCUGAAUGGGGAGAUCAGAUCAUGGAACUACUACUUCAACACAGAGGCAAGAGUCUACCAAUCUCAGAAGAGUUGGUUAAAAUAGCAGCCGGAAGCGCUGCAUGGCGAGGCGAGAGUCUACCAAUCACUGAAGAAGUGGUUGAAAUAGCAGCCGGGAAUUCUAGAUGGGGAUAUCAGAUCAUGGAGCUACUACUUCGACACAGAUGCGAGAGUCUACCAAUCUCAGAAGAAGUGGCUAAAAUAGCAGCCGGGAAUGCUGAAUGGGGAUAUCAGAUCAUGGAACUACUACUUCAACACAGAGGCGAGAGUCUACCAAUCUCAGAAGAAGUGGUUGAAAUAGCAGCCGGGAAUUCUAGAUGGGGAUAUCAGAUCAUGGAGCUACUCCUUCAACACAGAGGCGAGAGUCUACCAAUCUCUGAAGAAGUGGUCAAUGUAACAGCCGGGAAUACUGGAAGGGGAGGCGAGAGUCUACCAAUCUCUGAAGAAGUGGUCAAAAUAGCAGCCGGGAAUGCUGAAUGGGGAGGUCAGAUUAUAAAGCUACUACUUCGACAAAAACGCGACAGCCCACCAAUCUCGGAAGAAGUGGUUAAAGUAGCAACCAGGAAUUCUGGAAGAGUUUACUUCCUGCAGCACUGCCUCAUGUGGUAUAAACUGUUAGUCACGGUCCUGGAAUACUCGGUUGACCGGAUUAUAGUUGAUUCGGUUGAUCAUGAUCUAUACGAUGAAGCUGUGCUUGUUCGGUCCGCUCGAAGCCUGAGAUCUCUCGAUUUCUAG